AUGGACUUUGCCGCUUGCUUCCAGGUUCCUGCAGGUGAGCGCCAAGAGCAGAAUGACUUGGAAGCUUGUGGUGCUGCUCGGCCUGGCCCUGGGCGUCGCUGCUGCUCCUGUGGACGACCCUGAGGAUAGCGGCAAGCACUGGGUGGUGAUUGUGGCAGGCUCCAAUGGCUGGUACAACUACAGGCACCAGGCCGAUGCGUGCCACGCCUACCAGAUCAUCCACCGCAACGGGAUUCCCGACGAGCAAAUCAUCGUGAUGAUGUACGACGACAUUGCCAACAACGAGGAGAACCCCACCCCAGGUAUCGUGAUCAACAGGCCCAACGGCACGGACGUGUACAAGGGAGUCCCCAAGGACUACACUGGGGAGGACGUCACCCCACAAAACUUCCUGGCUGUGUUGAGAGGUGACGCCGAAGCAGUGAAGGGCAAAGGCUCUGGAAAGGUCCUGAAGAGCGGCCCCCAGGACCACGUGUUCAUCUACUUCACUGACCACGGAGCUACUGGAAUCCUGGUUUUUCCUAACGAUGAACUUCACGUGAAGGACCUGAACGAGACCAUCCAUUACAUGCACGAACACAGAAUGUACCAAAAGAUGGUGUUCUAUAUCGAAGCCUGUGAGUCCGGCUCCAUGAUGAACCACCUGCCCAAUAACAUCAACGUUUACGCAACUACCGCCGCCAACGCCAAGGAGUCCUCCUACGCCUGCUACUACGACGAGAAGAGGAGCACCUACCUGGGUGACUGGUACAGUGUCAACUGGAUGGAAGACUCGGACGUGGAGGAUCUGACCAAGGAGACCCUCCAUAAGCAGUACCAGCUGGUGAAGUCCCACACCAACACCAGCCACGUCAUGCAGUACGGAAACAAAUCCAUCUCUGCCAUGAAAGUGAUGCAGUUUCAGGGCAUGAAGCACAAAGCCAGUUCCCCUAUCUCUCUGCCUCCAGUCACACGCCUUGACCUCACUCCCAGCCCGGAGGUAACCCUGGCCAUCCUGAAAAGGAAACUGAUGCAGACCAAUGACGGGCAGGAGUCGCGGAGUCUCCUCAAGCAGAUCCAGCAGCACCAGGAUGCCAGGCACAUCAUCCAGAAGACCGUGAACAAGAUCGUGUCUCUGCUGACCACCUCCGAGGCUGUGGGGGAGAGGCUGCUGUCCGAGAGAGCCCCGCUCACGAAGCACAGCUGCUACCAGGAGGCCGUGACGCACUUCCGCACCCACUGCUUCAACUGGCACUCCUCCAUGUAUGAGUCUGCUUUGAGGCAUUUGUACGUGCUGGCCAACCUUUGUGAAAAGGCUUAUCCCAUCGACAGCAUAAAACUGGCCAUGGACAAGGUGUGCCUUGGUUACUACUGAGGCGCUGCUCUCGGGAUGCUGCUCCCAUGUGAACACUGGACUGACCAGAGACUGAAGAGUGGAGCUGGAAGGGGAGCCGCUGCUGGGCCCGGGGGUGCUGGUGGGCCACUCUGGGCCUCUCCCCAGGCCUUCCUGUCACAAGACCGCCCGCACCUUUAUUCCCUGUCCUCUGCAAGGACAGCCAUGAAACUGAAGGAACUGCACACUGACUGGUGGGACUGUGUCGAGAAAGGGACGUUUGCUCUCCAGGAGGUUUUUUGGGGUUUUACUCAUUAGUUUUCAGGAGCAAGCAGUUCCCCGGGGCUGCCAGAGCCUGUGAAAGGAUCUUUGUUCUGAGAAAGUUGAAGCUGGAACCUCGUUAAGUCUUCAGGACGAUUUGAUUGCAGAGGGAAGUGAGCCCCGAAUGGAAAAUUAUUUUUAGGAAAAAAAAAUUAUAAUUUUUGA